UUAACAUACCUUAACCUUGUCAUGUAAUGUAGUUUUGGGAAUUCCAUACGACCUAGCAGCUGCAUUCAACGUUAUACUGCCACUUUGAACAAGUUGAGCGGCUUCGGCAAGAAUUUCAGGUGUAUAUUUCUUUGAUCCGGCAGCUCGACUCGUGCCUAAUACAUCAGAAAAUAUAGACAUAUAGUUUACAAUACAGUACAAAGAAAUCCAGUAACAAAAGAAAUGGUAGACAAUGUAUGUCAAUGAAGGUCUAGUACUAGAUCUUGUUAUACACUGUGUGUUCGGAAAAAGACGCUCUAUGAAAUUUCGAUAGCGUAUUUCCGAACACACCGAUUACGUCAUUAAAAGUGGCAUACUGAUCUCCAACAGCCACAAAAACAUAGAAAAAUUUAAACAUAUGUGUAUAUCUGCUUACAAAAGUCACAAACAGAAAUAUUUUAGACACAAAACCUUAACUCGUGAUGUUAGCAACUUUAUCAUUUUAAGUAAUUCUAUGAAAUGUGACUGGUAUACUUACUGGGCUGCAAUUUAUGUCGUCGCUGUAACGUGUGUAAAAAAUCAAUAUGGCGACACCGGAGGAGGCUUCCAAGUUUAAAUGUUUUCGCGCGUAUGGAACUUUGUGCAACGUCACUGACAAAAGUUAUGACGUCAUGUAAGAAUGUUCGGCUCAGACACGCCAGUCGGAAAUGCCCGACCCCGCUCUAGAAGUUAAGUUAUUUUGCAUUAAGAAAAAACACAUAAAAACAGUUGGUGGAGGUAAAAUUUGCAAUAUUUACCUGUUUGUGCCGCAUUUUGUCUUGAUUAUUUCUUCGUCGAAUUUACUACGAUAUAGUAAAAAAUUCCCACGGUCACUCUCGCGCGUGGUAAAGUCUCGCGUUAAAAUAAUUACAAGAAAAAUCAAACAAGAUGGCGCAGUUUGGUCAGUGACGCAGUUAGGGCAUUCGACGAUCUAUAAUUUUGAAAAUUUGAGUCAAAACAGGUUUUUAGACUAGCUAGUGUCGUUAAACUAGAAUUUUAGAGCUAUUUCAUUUUAUAUUUUAACAAGCUAAAUUGUAAAAUUAUUUGUGAUAGACAUAAUCUCUAGCAAAUUAAAUAUUUUAUUCAAGCAUGCCACGACAGCGAAGGCAACGUAUUACAACUGUGACUGGCAGACCCAGGCGUAAUGCACGGCGACAAGAAGUAGCCACAGAGUUACAGAGGUUAGCGUCAGCUACUCCACAGUCCGCUGAGCAGUGCCUUAAUUCAGACCCAGCUUCAACGGUGGGAACACCUUAAACUGCGCAUACUGUUACAGCUGCCAAUUUACAAUCGGGGACUUGCAAUUCUCGUGAAUGCAGCGAUCAGCUACAAGGCAGCUCUGAUUCUAUAGUCAAUCCCACGUAACAUGGUUACUCAAACAUUGGAAACUCUUACACUCCCGAGACUGUCAUAUCAGUGCCUAGUGACACCUUCCAGUAUGCAACGUCGACACAAUUGCCUAGUAACCAAAUGGCAUUAUUCUCAGAAUUUCAAUUGUCAUGGAAACGCACCAUCUGCCGGAUAUGUUAAUACUAUCUCACAACAAACUAAUCCGGGCAAUUACACUUCCGGUCAAUAUAUAUCGUCGGAACAUUUGAUGAGUACCCAACCAGGAACAGUAUCCUAUGCGACAUCGGCACAGUUGCCUAGUAAUCCAAUGACAGGUUCUCAAAGUUUCAGUUGCCAUGGAAACGCAUCGUUUGUCGGAUAUGCUAAUACGAACACGCAACAAACUAACUCGGACAUUAACACUUUUGGUCAAUAUGUAUCAUCGGACCAUUUGACAAGUAGAUCUAUCCAACCAGGGACAGCAUCUGGCAUGGAUCACAAUGUAAAUACUAUUUCAGAUGCAAGUGUUACAUCAGCUGUGAAUGUCCAACAACCAGUGUACACCUACUUUAGCAACUCUGGGCCCGUUAUGCAACCCACUAGCAAUGUUCCCGCACAUAGUACCCAGCAAUAUAUGGCUCAACCACUGUCGGAGGCUAAUUCACAUAUGUCAGAUAUCACUACAGUAUGGAUAGUUGGGUCUUCGAUUAUCCGAGAUGCCUUCUACCAUACGCAAGACAAGAAUCUUCAAUUACCCAAUGUCAGUAUAUACUGGGAUUAUCAGCCGGGCAUGUGAAUUCAUCAUUUAGUAGAAAAAAUUCAGAAUUUGCUCACAAGGUAUGUGCCUCCUGAUUAUAUAGUGAUACACUGUGGCGGAAACGAUAUUGGCCAGAGCCCUUCAAACAGCACCGAGCUACUAGCUAUAGAUGCCGUACAAAAUAUACAGUCAUUAACAAAUGCAAGAAUUAUUUGGUCACAAAUUCUUCCGCGAUUGGUGGAAUGAGGUAAAUGAGGUAAAUCACACAAAAUUAAACAAAGUCCGAAGACGUUUCAGUACUGUAAUGGCAGGAUUGUGUCGCCAAAUUGGAGGGGCUUACAUAAGACAUCCUCAAAUAUCAGAAAGAAAUUAUUUAUUUAGGGAUUAUGUUCAUCUCUCUGCUAUAGCGAAUGAUAUAUUUUUAAGUAAUUUGAAGCACGGUUUAAAUGCAAUCAUAUAUUAUAAUUAUGCUUGCUUCCCGGACGAAAGAUGUUAAGAUUAUUGUUUGUAAUUAUAUUGUGCUCGGUAUUGGAAUGUUAUAACUUGAUGCAUACUAAAGUAAUUGAAUUUGAAUAUAUACUUAAUACACAGUGUUAAACUAGAACAAUUGAUCUGUCCGAUAUCCGGAGGAACCAGUAUUUGUUUUUUAGCGUCUGCAAAUCCAGCGUAAUGACUUUUCUGACAUCCAGAGUUUAUCUCUAGUUCGUUAUACGCUUGCCUCAAGCGAAAUAAUCUUUCCGAAUUCCGGAGGCAAUUUAUAUAUGUUGAAGAUGAGCCAUUUUGCCCGUAUGGGUCGGCCAUCUUAGCGAAAGUCGGUGACCGACAUCCGGCAACACCUACCGAUAUCCGGAGGCUCAGUUUUUCGACAUCCGGAAACUCUUAACCUACCGACAUCCGGAAGUUAACUUUAUUACAAGAAAAUCAUGUUCAAGUUUUUC